AUGGCCGUCCCUCCCCCAUCCGUACCUCAUAUCAUAGAAGAUUUAGAUUCAAAGAGCUUAAAUGAGCUUGGUAAAGGUGUUCCCAUCAGUCGUCUGGACACACCUUUGUUCAUGGUCGAAUUCAAGGCUUCCAGAACCGACUUUUUCUAUUCACCUCACUUUUAUCCACGUAUAGGCGAUCUUGUUGUUGUCGAAGGUGACCGUGGAAAAGAUUUGGGCAAGGUCGUGGCCAACACGUUGACUGUGGAUCAAGUGACCGAAUUGGAACAAAAAAAGCAAGCAAGGCUAGAAUCGGCUAAUGCGCAUGAAGACCAACAGCAACAACAGCAGCCUAAAAAGGAAAUUCAUAUCAAACGCAUCUUUAGACUAGCAGCACCUGAUGAAAUUCAAAUGUUCAUCAUAAAGGCGCAGGAUGAACAAAAGGCACUUGAGAUAUGUCAACAGAGAAUUAAGCAACGUAAAUUGCCGAUGAAGGUGGUCGAUGCAGAGUAUCAAUGGGAUCGACGCAAGUUGACAUUCUAUUUUGAAGCAGAACAUCGUAUUGACUUUAGAGAACUUGUACGUGAAUUAUUCAAAAUUUAUAAGACGCGUAUUUGGAUGUAA